CGUUGCAAGGACAAGUGCCACCAAGGGCGACACCGGCGACGGCGGCGGCAACUCAUGCCAGGCGCCGCCAGCUGAUCUCCAUGGCCAAGUGCCGCAGUCGCUCCAUUCUCAACGAUGAAUCGCCCACGCCGGAGGCAUCCUGCCCUGCUCCAGCUCCAGCUACUGCAAAUCCUUCGCCGCAACCCCAACCACAACAACAACCGCAACAACAACAACAGAACUACUUACCUCAAACAUCUUUGCUGAAAAUCGAACCGUUCGUUCCUAGUUUUAAUCAAAGACUUCGCCGGCGUCCUAUUGGUCGCUCCCAUAGCACCUUAAGCCACAAUGCCAUCCCGAAGCGACCGGUGCAGCAGCAACUCCAGCAGCAACAACUCCAGCAGCAGCAGCAGCAAUCGGAGCUGCAAGUUGGCCAGCAGCAACAACUCAAGCGGAGCUAUGCCGCCGCCGUCCAAAUCCGCCAGCAGCAGCAGCAACAGCAGCAACGGAAUCUGCCACGUGGCGUUGGCAUCCAGCGUCAGCGCUCCAAGUCCACCUCCUCCUCGGCGGCCUCCAAUAGCUGUCGUCCAGCCACGGCGGCUGUGACACCCAACACUCUAGUGGGGAGUGCGGGUGGAACUCUGGUCAGCGGAGCCAUAGUCACUCCGCAGCCAAAUGGCAUUUGUCGGAUCCAGAGAUUGCCCAAGGAACGCGAGGAGCUGCCCGAUCGCAUUAACUACGAUAAAAGGGGUCUCACGGCGAUUCCCAUCUUCGAGCAGGAGCCCAAUCUUCGCCUGCUGUCGCUGCAGCACAACCUGAUCAACACCUUUCACAUACCCAAGGAGCUGCCACCUCCACCGCCUCCAGCUCCUCCUCCGCCCAUCGCCACUCCGCGGGAGAGCAACAACAACAAGCUGGGUGAGUACAACGGCAAUGGAAAACCGGAGGGCGGACGAAGCGGGUUGCGUGGCCAUCAUCCCGGAAGACUAACCCGUGCCAUGACCAAUGCAGGCGGUAAUUCCCAUCGCCUGUCGCCCAAGUCCGGUGGAAGUCCGGGCUCAGGAAGUCCGCUGACCACUCAGGCGCUGGCCAUCAACGGAGGAGGACCCGCAGGACGCUCCAAGCUGGCCAAAAGGGGCUACAACUACGGACAGGCCCAACUGACGCCUCCGCCGGCGUUGCGCAUGCGCUACGGACUGGAGAAGUCCAAGAGCUUUGUGAGCAGCAGUCUGCAGGCGAUGAAGCACCAACAACAGCUCAUCCAAAGGCGGGCAUUUCUGAAGGCCACCAGGGGUGUCGCCGGUGGAGCAGCCAGCAAUCUUCUCCAGAGUUGCGAUGAGGGCAGCGCCCUGCACAGCAGCAAUCUCUCGCUCUGCGGCGGCUGUGGCGAGGAAGAGGAUUCUCCCAGUGUGAUGAACUCCAUUUCCGCCUUGGACCAACUAAGCAUCAAGAACAAGCAGUUAAGCUUGAGCGCCAGUUAUGGAAGCAUCUUUCAGCAGCUCGUCUUCCUGGAUCUCUAUGACAAUCAGAUCGAGAGGAUAGCCAAUCUGGAUGGACUGCCUUCACUUUCUGUGCUUCUGCUGGGCAAAAACCGAAUCACGGAUAUUGGAGGGCUGUCUUCGCUCAAGGAUUCCCUAAGGGUCCUAGAUCUGCAUGGCAAUAAACUCACCAGUUUGGGCAGUCGCAUCAAUUGCCUGCAGCAACUCAAGUCCUUAAAUCUGGCGGGGAACCAAAUUCGUCAGAUAAACCAGCAGGACUUCCUGGGGCUGCGGUGCCUCAGGGAGCUGAACCUCAAGAGGAACAAACUCAGGCGGAUCAAUGGCUUCCAGCAUUUGGUGGCUCUGGAAAGGCUGUGGUUGUGCCACAAUGAGCUGCACAGAGUGGACGAUAUGGCCAGUAUAGCCAGGGCCAAUAAACUCCUGGAAGUGACAAUCGAGAACAAUCCUGUCUCGUUAGCCGGAGAUUGUGUGUCCUUCCUGGUGUCGUAUCUCCCACUGCUGCAGUCCCUUAGCCAGAUGCCCAUCACGGAGCAAGUGCGUCGAGCGGCUCUUGCCUGGCGUCAACACAAGGAACAGGCACAAGCUGCUCCUGGAAGUUCCGAAGCCUAUCACAACAUCCGGCGGGAAGAGGUGAUAUCCAAUGCGAGGACCAACUGGGAACUCCUACGAUCCCAACAGACUGUGGUGGGUCGUCCCAAGAGUCGGCUGACCAGUGAGCUGGCCAAAAUCAACGAAUCCAACGAGGGUCCAACAGCCGAAGAGGCGGAAACCGAGUCCGAGGAAUCGCAGCAACCCAAGGAAUUAAUGGACGAACUGCAGGCACUGAUUAAACUGCCACCAAUAUCCAAGAAUGUGAAGAGUCCGCAGGAGGAAGACGGUGUCUCCUCGGAAGCUUCCAGCCUAGGACCCAAUGUCGACUCCUGCUCCAGUUGUUAUAGUUCAGACAAUGAGGAGGGUGGUGCUAAAAACAAACCACUGACGCCACAGAUCGAUGAGAACUGCAAUAAAGUGGGUUUGGCAGAGAAGCCACCACCUUCACCUGCUACUCCAGUAAGUCCAUCUCCAGACGCGGUUAGGGUUAUUCCUCCUGCUCCGGUGGCUUCUUCCCCUUCACCGCCGGCUGUGACCUUGACUCCACCAGCUGCUCCCGGAACUCCAGUGCCCGGAGCCGCGCCCACUCCUCCACCAGCUGCUACUGCCACCUUGCCAGUGCCCGCCACUGCCUCCUGCAACACAAGUCGUCCGACGAGCAGUAAACAGCGUUCCCGUCAUGCGCCCAUCACCCAACUGGGCUUGCAGAUCAACCAGAGGGGUGGAACAGGUGCGUCCUCCAGGCGGUACAUGGCCGGCAGUCUGGUGCGGGCACAAACCGUGAGCAGCAGCACCAGCAACAGCAGCAGUUCCAACAGCACGGGCAGAGGAAAGGCCACCAACAAUGGAUUAACCUUAGUGGCAACUCAAUCAAAGGCGGCAACCAGUGCCACUUCCAGUCAAUCUUCUGCAGGAACUGGUGCAGCAGCAGGAGCAUCGGCAACUGGAGCAGCCGCUGCUGGAACCACAGCCACUCCCAGUGCCGCCAUCACUGUAUCCAAGCCAAGCGCCGCUGAACGGGAAAGAGAGCAAGGUGGUGACUAUCUGAUCGAGAUAUGUGGAAGGUACCUCAACAUCUAUGGCCAGGGAGCCCUCCGAUUCAUCGACAAGCAGUGGAAUCCGGCCAAGGCCAACGAUGUGCACACUUUAAACUUCAGCUACAUAAACUUCAACAGCAUCGUCUGUGUGCUGGGCAGGAUUAAGUUGAGGUUUCCCCAUGCCGAGCACUUCGUUUUCCGGGAAACAAACAUCUCCUGUUUGGGUCAACUGAAUGGAUUGGCCGAGCUCCAGGGCCUCAGCAGCUUACUCAUCGACGCCGAGGGUAAUGGCAUCACUUCGAAGGAAUCCUGGCGAGCCUACGCCAUCUACAGGUUGUCCCACUGGGGAUUGAAGCAGCUCAACGGUCAGGAGGUCACCGAAGCGGAAGUGGAGGCUGCAAAUGCCAUGUAUGUUGGACUCUCAGACCUGGUGCUGUGGUCCAUGCCUGAAGUGAUGCUGCAGCCACUGCUGGCACGACUGCGACUGGAUGAGACCUGCACGGCCAGCAAGUUGUCUCCGAAAGAGUGGCUCCAGCGGCCGGACAACAAAUCCCUGCGUCUGGUGGUGGGAAAAGAAGCACUGCAGUGGAAGAAGAAUACUGGAGCAGCAACCGCGGCCUCCAUGAACUUGAAUCCAGCGACGGACGCUGGGAGCACUGCCAUGGCGCCCAGUGCCCGAGAUCGGGGUCGCCAGCACUUUGCCCUGCUGCUGGAGAACACCUGCAACGCCGUGGAGAAGCUGCACAAACUGGAAACGCUGUGGCCCAGCAUGCUGCUCGACAUCGUCCGGAACACGCUGCUCGAUUACGCCCAGUUGGAUGUCUACCUGCGGAACCUCAUGUGCGAGCUGAUGAAGUGAGGUGCGUUUCCAA